CCCAAAAUGAGCAUGAUCUUCACCUGCAAUGUCUGCGAGACUCGGCAGAUGCGGUCCUUCACCAAGCUGGCUUACGAGAAGGGCAUCGUGAUUGUAACCUGCAAAGGCUGUGGAUCGAGACACUUAAUCGCUGACAACUUGGGCUGGUACAAUGAUUGG